CUCCUCUCUGCACCUCAGCCGAGCUCAGAACUCCCACAACAUGUCCCACAGCUACUGCUCCGGAAACCUCUCCUCCCGCUCCCUCGGGGGCGCCCUGCGCUAUCCAGGCUCCUCCUGCGGCUCCUUCUACCCAGGCCACGUCGUCUACUCUCCGGGCACCUGCCCGCAGGGCUCCCCCGUCUACGGCGGCUGCCAGGAGACCUGCUACGAGCCCAGCGGCUGCCAGACGUCCUGCUACGGCCCGAGGACCUCCACGGUCUGCAGUCCCUGCCAGUCAAACUACCCGGGAUCCUUAGGAUGUGGCAACGCUGGCCUGGCGCCCUUUGGUUACGGGAGCUCCCGAGCCCAGUCUCUGGGCUGUGGGCCCGGCUUCUCCCGCCCAACUUACCUUUCUUCCAGAAGCUACCAGUCCUCUUGCUUCCAGCCGGCAAGCAGCUCUCGCUGUUUUGGACAAAAUUACUGAAUAUCCUCGGUUCUCUCACAGUGAUAUCUGCGAUCUCUGCAACCUGAACGUGCAUCCUGUCCAGUAUCUGCAACUGCUGACCGCCUGCCUGGCCAGGACUCGCCGCCACAGCCUCCUGGGAGCCUCUGACUCAUUGUGGACAAGGGACCGCGCCUGUGACCUUCUCUAGCCAGACCUAGGAGAUGGAUCUGAUUUCCAUCCUUAUGCCGAUGCUCAGAGUCCCUUCUGUCGCUUCCCUUCUAAGGUUUCCCUCUGAUUCUUCUCCUCGGGUGCUUUCACAUCACUGUAUUUCAAAUGGAUAUGGCAUCCAAAUAAAUUUAUGUCUCUGGGAUGAA